GGAUGAGCUCAUCGUUCAGCAGCAGAGCAGUGUGAGGGAACACGGCGAUCAGCGCGGAAGGUCAACAGGCGGCUGCUGCGGACGGUGUGUUCAGCAAACCGAGGAGAGGAAGCUUCUGCAAGCCCCGCUGCUGCUACUGCUGCUGCUGCAAGAGAGAGAGAGAGAGAGAGAGAGGUGGACGUCCCGCACACUAUGGUCUGGUCCCGGGACUCCGAGGCACAGCGACCCCCGCUGUCCGUCAUCCUGCCGCGGCUCUACCUCGGAGCGGAGCGCGACGUGACGCAGGACGGACUGGCUUCUCUGGGUAUUUCCUACGUGUUGAGUGUGAGCCGAUGCAGCCCCCAGCCUUCUUUCCUGCCUUGCUCCAGAUACCUGCGCAUCCCCAUCGAUGACUCCCUGUGGGACGACCUGCUGCCCUGGAUCCCACAGGCACUGAGCUUCAUCGAUGCAGCCAUGUCCUCUGGAGCCUCGGUGCUGGUGCACUGUGCAGCAGGAAUCUCUCGCUCCCCAGCUCUGGCUGUGGCCUACAUCAUGUACAGCCUGGAGAUGGACCUGGACCAUGCCUACAGGUUUGUGAAAGAGCGUCGGCCUUCCAUUUCCCCAAACUUCAACUUCCUGGGUCAGCUGCAGCUCUUCCAAGGCACCCUGAAUAAGAAGGCCUCCAGCUGUGACCUGAUGAAGCGACAGGAGGAGAAUCAGAGGCCAUCCACGGGUGACAGGGUCAAUACGUCUCUGUGCAGUCAGAACAAGCUCUAUCAGACCCACACUGUCACCGGGGACUCAUCACACCACGAGGACACAACACAGACGAGACACUCGCUCAUAGAUAACAGCGGGAACAAGCGGGGACCUUGGACUCUUGACCUGACCCCGUGUCAAAACCGACAGUACAACCAGAAACCGUGCCAGGCUCCAGCUUUGAGCCCCCGUGAGCCCAGAAAACCUGGACCGCAGUGCACACAACUACAAUUCCCAUCAGGCUCUGCUUCUCUCCUGGAGAAACGCAAAAGCCUCACCCUCUCUUUGACUCCCAUGGGAACCUGCCCACCGUCCUCAGCGAGCGGCAGCCCUCCAUCAGGAGGAAGCCCGGAGCUUAAAGCCGGCCCCGUCCACAGCAGGGAUGGGGCAGAGGGAGAGCCGAGGAGCGACAGCAACGUCUGCAGGCCGGCAGGGGACCCCCACAGAGAGCACAGUCCCUGUCGCAGUGAGUGCCGGCGCGCUGAGGCGAAGGGCCAGCUGUCGCCGUUCAGCAUCACUCUGAACAGGCUGCUGGACUGGGGGGAGCGAGUGCUGCUGGGGGGGGUGUUCGUCCACCCUGUGAAGAUGGGACAGCCUGCAUUACCCUACAGGUGCUGAGGGUGGAGCGUGUGAGCUGGACGGGCUGGUUUCUGCGCGUGUCCAUCAUAUAGCAGUAACCACAUGUGUGAUGUACAUAAGUACUGAAGGAAUCCAUCGUUCUCUAUUUAUUAUUUUUACUGAAGAGCUGAUUAUUAAAACGAUCUUUGUCAAUUGCUUCUUGUUUGUCACACACUGACAGUCGUCAGCUCGUGUUUCCCUUUGUAAGCUGCAGCAGUUUUGAAGUCUAUGGCACGUCAGCUUGUGAUGAAUUAAAGACCAAAUUGCAACCAUA